UUCCGACGCGUUCGUUCGGGAAUCUAACAAAAAUUCACAAAAAGUGAAAUCAAAUUAAAAAACGGCGUUUUCGCAACAAGUAAAAUUUAUUAAAUAAUUACAAUACAUUAAUAUUUCACGUUUGGAAAUUGCAAAGCCCGCCUAAAAGCACGCAACACAACAAUUCCAGAGAAUACAAAUGCAUAACAGGCACCAAGCUCUUACAACAGCGGGCAGCAUGCUGUUAAUGCUGUUGUUACUGUUAACAGCCUACACAGGCACUGUUGAGGGCGACUUUGCUGUUGCCCCCACUGUUAAGCCCACAGAAGCAGCAGCGGAAGUGGAAGCUAUGGAGCCGCAGCCGCUUAGGAAGCUGGUGAAGCGUGCCCCCACCUCCAGUUUUAUAGGCAUGCGUGGGAAGAAAGAUUUGCAGGCAGAGGAUGAUGAUAGCAGCGGCAGCAGCAACAACAACAACAUCAAUUGGCAGCAACAACUCGAUCCGAUGUCGCUAGACUAUGCCGACGACAAUUACUAUUUAGAGAACGGUCGCUUCAAGAAAGCGCCCUUGGCCUUUGUGGGCGUGCGUGGCAAGAAAUAUACACCGGGAAGUAGUCGCCUGGGCGAGCUCUUGCAGAGCAUGGAGGAGCAACGUUUCCGGGAGAAUUUGAUGCACGAAAUUAUGGAGCGUCUGGCCCUGGAGAAUGGUGAGGUGGUCAAGCGUGCCCCCACCGGGUUCACGGGUAUGCGUGGCAAGCGGACGUUUAUGGAUGCGGAUGUCUUCGGAGAUGCGGAUGAGAGCGCACUACAGAAAUUGGAGAAACGAGCGCCCGUUAAUGCAUUUGUGGGCGUGCGUGGCAAGAAGGAUGUGUCGCAUCAGCACUAUAAGCGAGCUGCCCUGAACGAGUUGUGGCGGAAUAUGUUUAAAAAGGCGUACGAAGCACGUGGCAAGAAGCAGCGGUAUGCGGACUUCAACAGCAAGUUUGUUGCAGUGCGGGGUAAGAAAAGCGACGAGCAGGCGCAGGAUGCUGAGGAGGACAGUGAUGCUAAUUAUCCACCCGAGUCGCGUUAUCUGGUGCAGCCGUUCUAUCCAUGGGAAACCAACAUGCUGGGCUAUGAGGAGAAACGCGUGCCAAAUGGAUUUGUGGGCAUGCGCGGAAAACGUUCUGCAUUACCCGAAUAAAUGACGUCAGCUCUUCAACACUACAGUUUUAAGGCCACAAAAUGGAAAUUGCAGUUCCUCGAAACAAGAUUUGAAAAA